AUGGCUACCCAGAUCUUUGCCGACGAUGUGCAAGAAGAGAAAGGCGAGAAUGCUCGCCUGUCAGCCUUUGUCGGCGCCAUUGCUGUCGGCGACCUGGUCAAAUCAACGCUGGGCCCCAAAGGCAUGGACAAGAUCCUCCAGUCAGCAUCAACAGGCGAAAUUGUGGUCACAAACGACGGCGCAACCAUAUUAAAGUCGAUAGCACUCGACAAUGCUGCCGCCAAAGUAUUAGUCAACAUCUCCAAAGUCCAGGACGACGAGGUGGGUGAUGGCACAACGUCAGUCACUGUCCUCGCCGCCGAGCUCCUUCGCGAAGCCGAGCAAUUAGUUGCAAAGAAGAUCCAUCCUCAGACAAUCAUUGACGGCUACCGUCUUGCGUCACACGCCGCCCUCAAAGCCCUCGAAUCUAUAGCCACAGACAACUCAAAAGACCCAAAAGCCCUCAAGAAAGACCUCCAGGCUAUCGCUCGUACAACCCUCUCAAGUAAAGUCCUUGCUCAAGACCGCGAUCAGUUCUCCGCGCUGGCCACCGAAGCCAUCCUCCGACUAAGAGGCAGCACCGACCUCAACCACAUCCAGAUCAUCAAGAAGCCUGGCGGCAAGCUGUCAGACUCAUACCUUGACGAGGGCUUCAUCCUCGAUAAGCGGAUCUCGACUGGCUCCCCAAAGCAUCUCAAAGACGCCAAGAUCAUGAUCGCCAACACUUCAAUGGACACAGACAAAGUCAAAAUCUUUGGUGCACGCGUCAAGGUCGACUCAACAUCAAAAUUAGCUGAGCUGGAAAAGGCAGAACGAGAAAAGAUGCGCGAGAAGGUCAACCGGAUCAAGGCGCACGGCAUCAACUGCUUCAUCAAUCGACAGCUGAUCUACAACUGGCCCGAACAACUCUUCGCUGAGGCAGGCAUCAUGUCGAUCGAGCACGCCGAUUUCGACGGCAUUGAGCGACUUGCAUUAGUGACUGGCGGCGAGAUUGCUUCCACCUUCGAACAUCCAGACCUUGUCAAGCUCGGCUCAUGUACCGAGAUCUCCGAAGUUAUCAUCGGAGAAGACACCCUGAUCAAGUUUUCCGGAGUUGCAGCUGGCCAAGCCUGCACAAUCGUCCUCCGUGGUGCCACAGAACAACUACUCGACGAGGCCGAGCGCUCAUUACACGAUGCCUUGGCUGUCCUCUCACAGACCGUCAAGGACCCACGGACAACCCUAGGAGGCGGCUGCGCGGAAAUGGUCAUGUCCCACGCCGUCGAAGACGUCGCCCGCGAAACACCUGGCAAGAAGCGGAUCGCAGUCGACUCGUUCGCGACAGCGCUACGCCAGCUACCAACCAUUCUUGCUGACAACGCUGGCCUUGACUCAUCAGCACUGGUCUCAGAGCUACGGACAGCGAUCAACUCAGGCGAGAAGAACUCUGGCCUCGAUCUACUCACUCCGGGCGGCGGCAUCACAGAUAUGCGGGAGUUGGGCGUGGUGGAAAGCUAUAAGCUGAAACGUGCGGUGGUCAGCUCGGCGAGCGAGGCGGCAGAACUACUCCUGAGAGUGGAUAACAUCAUACGAUCUGCGCCCAGGAGACGAGACCGGAUGUGA